AUGUGGGGUUUAUCAUUGCCAAAAACAAAGGAAGAACAUUUCCGCUAUAUACGAGAAGGAUUUUUGAACAAAUGGCUUCCAGCAGCUGAGGAGUCUUUUUGUUCAAUCCUUCUACAUAGUCAGAAGGAUUACCCAUUGGGUGUUUUCAACAUACACGCAAAGACCGUCUAUCUUGACGAGGAUGAUCAUGAGGAAGCAUCUGAGUUUUGGCCAUUAGCAAACCAUUAUUGUAGCAACAAUCCAGAGCCUUUAUGGGAAACCUUGAAGAUAAUUUUCGAACCACUAGUCCUUGACCCAUAUCCGGGUGAAAUGCGGGCGAGAGAUGAACGUAACCUUCGGAAACUUGACCAAGUUGUUCGCGACUACUGGGCCGAAGAAAGACGUAUUGCAGCACAACGAAGAAGGAGAGGAAAUUGAGAUUGUUGUCGCGUAUGCACUUUUUAGAUAAAUGAUUUUUCUUUCAUUUCAGAACAAUUUUUUGUAAUCUACAUUGGUGUUUCUAC